UUUGAAGCUGUACGACUGCUUGGAUUCCAAGGUCGUUCAAACGUUUGCAUGGGCAUCAUUGCUGACAAAAGUGAACGGAAAUGUUAAUGUUUUUCUGAUCAUAGUAUUUGUUAUGUAAGACACCUGAUUUUUAAAAAGCGUACAAAAUAACCUUGUCAUUAAUGGCAGGGUUUGUCCGAAGACUGUACUUCUAUGGAAUAUAGAUAUCAGCAAAAGCUUAUACAUCCCGCAUUCUGGUACUCCAACGGUCCUGGUGGCAGUGUUACUUUCAAUUUUGGAUCUGGACAACAGCUUGGAGAUGCCGCUUUGUCAGAAGUACAAGCUGCUCACAGCCACUUAAUGCUUAACACGUAUUUGUCAUCAAAAUCUCAGUCCAUGACUUUUACCAAUCCUCAGCACAAUGUUAUGCCUUUGUUAGCAUAUGGGAAAACUAGCAACAGUACUACAGAUUCAAGCAAGCCUUUUGGUUAUAUGCAAACAUUACCACAUGCGCUGCUUGGACCCCCGCCGCCGUACAUACAGUCGGGUAAUUCUGAUUGGGCAUCCAGUUUUUGCCAGCCUCAAUAUAUUCGUCAGUAUCCAUUUUCUUCGGUACGAAGACUUCCAAGUUGUCAUCGCUAUACUCAUAAUAAAACAAUAUUACCCCAUGUUAACAACCACUCAAGUACUAAACACAUCCCUGUCUCUCUGCCAGAUGGAUUGCCAUCCGAAUCACAGAUAUCUCGAUCGUCUUCUAACUGCUCAUGUGGUGAUUCAAUUGAGUCGUCACCAAAGAGAAGAUCCCUUCCGUCUGAUCAAGAAGCAAUAACCAAUAAACUGGAUAACCAGUGUCUUAAUGGUGGCAUGGAACAGCCUACUGAGUGUGAGAAGAAAGUCAUAUCUUGUGAUGGGGAAAAUGCAUCAGGAAAUAAGAAACUUCCUGAAGCUGGUGAUGAUAAUACGACUGCGUGUGUUAAAAACAGCCCAAACUCUGAUGUCUGUUCAACUGAUCAAGUUCUAUCCAGUCAUUCUUAUUCACAUGAACCAAGCACCUUUGUAACAAGCUAUAUCAAUCAGGGUUCUACGUCAUUUUCCGGUAUGUCUUUACAAACCCUCGACAGUCCUGAUGGUUCUAAUUCUCUUUGUUCUGUUGUAAAUCUAAUGUCAACAUCAUCCACUUCAUUUAGUGGACAAGUCAAGGAUCAAGCUAGACAAGAUGCUGUAUCGCCUUAUCAGACAUUUGUCGAAUCUAAUAAUAUUCCGGCAGGAUCUAAUGAAAAUCAAGUGAAUGAAAGCCAUCAAACUAACACUUCAGGCAGUGGUGGUGGUGGCUUACCGAUACCAGUUCUCUUUUCAACUAAUCGUCGCUUACAAAUGAUUUCCAAUCGACAGUCUAUGCUUAAUGGUGGUGGUGGGGGUACCCCGUUGUCUUUUACAUCAACACAACCAAAUGGUAUGCAAUUUGUUAUUAGUCCACUUGCACCUACUGGUUAUAUCCUACCAAAAUCCUCAUAUAUGGAGAAUUUAUCAAUGAUAAUAUGGCAAUUUUUUACAAAUACAAAACAAACUUCAUUAAAGUAUGCUAAGAAAGUUCACUUGUGUAAUGCUUUACAUGUUGUUGUAUCAGGAGUUUUUGAAAAUGCUGGUCUGUUCAUUGUUGGCUCAUCGAUGAACGGUUUUGGCUCAGAUCAAAGUGAUAUGGAUAUGUGUUUAACUGUGACAUCACGUGAUUUACAACAGAAAAUAGAAGCUGCCGACAUAUUAAGUCAGCUGUUACCGCCUUUACAAAAGUGUAGUUUUAUUCGUGAUUUAAAUUUAAUUCCUGCUAAAGUUCCAAUUUUAAAAUUUCGUGAUACACUGGCUGGUGUUGACUGUGAUUUAAAUGUGAAUAAUGUUGUCGGAAUAUAUAAUACACAUUUACUGGCUAUGUAUACAAAAAUCGACUGGCGUGUUCGACCGUUGGGAAUGUUUAUCAAAUACUGGGCUCAACGUAUGGAUAUUCAUGAUGGUAAACGAGGUCGUCUAUCAACAUAUCCUUUACUUCUAAUGCUUAUCCAGUAUCUACAGGCAUCAUGUUCGCCACCAAUAUUACCUAAUUUACAGGCCAAAUUCCCGAAAAUAUUCAAUUAUACUAGACCAUUGUGUGAAUUAGAUAUGCGUCUUGAAUUACCAUGGGCUGAAUUACGCUCAAAUAAUCAAGCAAGUUUAGCUGAAUUAUUUGUUGGAUUUAUUCAUUAUUAUACAAAUGAAUUUAAUUUUAACCAAUGGGCAGUGUCUAUCCGUCAUGGAACACCAUUACCUAUAGAUUUAGCUAUUAAACGCUUACCACCACAUGAACAAGCGCAUACUGCAAGAAAUUUAAAAAUUUUUAUUGAAGAACCUUUCUGUCAGGCAAAUGCUGCACGAUCCCUUCAUGCUGAUAAUAUUGUCUCACGAAUAAGACAAGCAUUUAUUAAGACGAAUCAAAUUCUACGCUCACAACGUCCACUAGAAUCACUAUGGAUCAAUAACAAUAAUAUUAAUAGUAAUUAUAAUGUUGACUGUAUGGAAUGA